AUGACCAACGCUUCCAGCUUGUGUGUGGUACUCGGAGCAACUGUACAAACAAACUCUACCAUACUUUAUGAGCACAACUACCGUAAUUUUGUUAUCGGAAUCAGUAUUAUAAACGGACUACUGUCGCCGGUUGCUGUUGUUGCCAAUUUUUUUAUCCUCUUUUCGUUGUGGAAGACGUUUUCUCUACAUUCCGUGUCAAAUAUACUGGUUGCAUCUUUAGCUAUGGCCGAUCUCUGCGUGGGUUUGUUACUCCAACCUAUGCUAGUUUAUCUAAUGAAUACUCGUCUUGUCGCCACCUUUUGUGUAGUUUUUGAAAUUCAAAUGUUUCUGGCGUAUCUCUUCACAGCAUUAUCUUUGGGAACGUUAACUUACUUGAGCAUAGAGAGAGCUGUCGCUAUUCAUUGGCCUUUACGUUACCAGGAACUAGUGACUUCAAAAAGAGUGGCUUCUGUUGUAAUUCAGCUUUGGGUAUUCCAGAUUUUGAUUUCGUUAAUCAUCUGGUUCGCUGUGGGAAGGUAUUCAAUCCUUGCCGUACUGUCUGUCGCAGGAGCACUGUGUUGUACUUUAGUGAUUUGUUACAGCUAUAAGACAAUUUGGAAAAUUAUUCGUCGACAUCAACGGCAGAUACAAACGAGACAACCCAUUAACCAAGAACAAAAUGCUUUUGAUUUGCUUAAGUACAAAGCAAAGACUUUUACGUCUCUAAUGAUUUUAAAACUGUUCGUGUUAUGCUACCUUCCUUAUUUAUGUGUGGAACUAAAAAAACUCACUCGCAGAGGACACAAGUCCAUCGAUGUUGUAGAGUAUUCAGUUUUAGUAACAAUCGUUUUUGCCAAUAGCUCUUUAAAUCCUCUGAUUUAUUUUUGGAGGAUAAAGGAUCUAAGACGCGCAGCAUUGAGCACUUUAAGAAGCCUCAUUAUUUGCUAA